CCCCCAUUGGAGCGGGCGCGAUGCUCCCCACUUGAUGUGGAGGAGGGUCGGGGUAUCUCCGACACUUAAGCAGGGGGGCGGAGGACAGGCAGUGGCAGUAUCGGUGAGGGAGUGCCCAUUCCCCCCAGUGAAAGGGCACCCUAGAUGGUGAGGAAGAGGGUAUAAGGCACCCCUGCCUAGGGAAGGUGGGUGACAGGGCAGCAUCUCUCUUCUCCCAGUCUAAAGAAAGGAGGUAGGAUAUGCCUAGAGGGGCACUGGAUGCCCACCCCCCCCUUUUAUCCUACCCAUCUCAAGGAAAAGAGAAAUGGAAGCAGCUUUCUCGACUACAGCGGAGUGUAAUUCUCUUCCUGUUUGCCUUCUUGGCAGUCUGUGGAGUCAUUUCAUACACAAACAUGGGGGAACAGUGGAAAAGUCUAACGAACAAAUUAUCAGACGAUCAGAAGACAGAACUAGAGAUCCCUGGAUUGAAACCAGCAAAUCCAGCUGUUUUACCAGCACCGCAGAAAGCAGAUGCCAACUACCCAGAGCUUUCCCCUCAGAAACAUUCAAAGCCUCCUCAUGUCCGACGUGGUCCUCCUAAUCUGCAGAUCAGACCGCCACGGAGAGAUGCAAGGGUAAAAGCCCAAGAUGUUGCUGGCAAGACUGAGGAAGAACCUGGCCAGGCUGAUAAAGAAGAGAAAACAGAAAAGUCCAUUAUUAGUUGGAGAGGAGCGGUGAUAGAACCUGACCAAAGCCCUGAACCUCCUUCCAGUAAAAUAAAAGAACCAGAAAAACCAUCAUCUGUGGAAGUGGAAGAUCAGAAAGAGCCAGUGCCCAUAAAUGAACGUCAGAUGGCUGUGAUAGAAGCAUUCCGCCAUGCAUGGAAAGGUUAUAAAGAGUUUGCCUGGGGACAUGAUGAACUGAAGCCUUUGUCCAAAUCCUACAGCGAGUGGUUUGGACUCGGUCUUACGUUAAUUGAUGCAUUGGAUACCAUGUGGAUUUUGGGCUUAAAAGAAGAGUUUGAAGAAGCAAAGAAAUGGGUGGCAACUGACUUACUGCUUGAUAAGAAUGUGGAUGUGAACCUCUUUGAGAGCACCAUUCGUAUUCUGGGGGGGUUGCUGAGCGCCUACCACUUAUCUGGAGAUAGCCUCUUCCUGGAAAAAGCUAAAGACAUUGGGAGCAGGCUUAUGCCAGCAUUCAACACACCAUCCAAGAUACCAUACUCAGAUGUAAACAUUGGCCGAGGCACUGCCCACCCGCCUCGUUGGACGUCUGACAGCACCGUGGCAGAGGUGACCAGUAUUCAACUGGAGUUUAGGGAGCUCUCUCGUCUCACUGGAGAUGAGAAAUUCCAGAAAGCAGUAGAUGCGGUGAUGAAGCAUGUACACUCUCUCUCAGGGAAGAAUGAUGGGCUGGUGCCCAUGUUCAUAAACACCAACAGUGGGCAGUUCACUCACCUGGGUGUCUACACUCUGGGGGCCAGAGCUGACAGCUACUAUGAAUAUUUGCUCAAGCAAUGGAUCCAGGGUGGGAAGAAAGAAAAUGAACUGUUGGAAGAUUACAUGAGAGCUAUAGAAGGGGUGAAAAAGCAUUUACUUCGGACAUCACAACCCAAGAAGCUUACUUUUGUAGGUGAACUUGCUCACGGCCAUUUCAGUGCCAAGAUGGAUCAUCUAGUUUGCUUCUUACCUGGGACACUGGCUCUUGGAGCUCACAAUGGGCUGACUGCUGAUCACAUGGAGCUGGCCAAAGCCCUCAUAGAAACUUGUUACCAGAUGUAUGCUCAGGUAGAGACAGGCCUGAGCCCAGAGAUUGUACACUUCAAUCUCCAUGCACAAAAGGACCGCAAGGAUGUGGAGAUCAAGCCUGCAGAUAGGCACAACCUGCUGCGACCUGAAACUGUGGAAAGCCUGUUCUACCUGUACAGAUUCACGGGGGAUAAGAGAUACCAAGACUGGGGCUGGGAGAUCUUGCAGAGCUUCAAUAAGUAUACACGGGUUCCUUCAGGUGGUUAUACUUCCAUUAACAACGUCCAGAACCCCAGUAACCCAGAGCCAAGAGAUAAGAUGGAAAGCUUCUUUCUUGGGGAAACACUCAAGUAUAUGUUUCUGCUGUUUUCGGAUGACGUAGACCUAAUCAACCUUGACAAAUAUGUAUUUAACACAGAAGCUCAUCCCCUUCCUAUCUGGGCACCAGCAUAGAAGUACUAUGUGAACCUUCGGCAGCGGGCUGUUACUUUGAGUCACUUUACUGUGCAGGGUUUGAACUGGGAUAGCAGAGAAUUGCUCUAUUUACCCUUUCUUGGUUUUUAAAAAAAUUGGAAAAGCAUCUCUGAUUUAGAGAAAUCUGUCAGUCUUAAAUCUAACUCUGUGCUUUAGCUCGGGGAUGGACAACCUGAGCACACUAUACUGCUUUGCCUGGAUUUGAUGCAGACAUCAAGGUUGGGGAAGCAAUUGCAGUGUGAACCCUGAUGUUAAUAGGUCUCUGAGCAACCAGUGACUCAGUCAUGCCAUUCUUUGUAGAUUUUGGUUAUAUUUCAGGACAGCAGCAAGUUGUCUUAUAGCACAGGAUUGUCUCUGGAGAGAAGGGCGUACUGAAAAGUUUGACUCCAGCUCAUUCCAUGGUAUGAGCCUGUAAUAUCUCCAUAUGGUAUGUGGGGUAGACCGAGAUCUGUACCUUUGUCCCAGUAAAAAUGGGGAUGUCAGUAAUAUUGCUGACACUUUGAUCUCGUUCCAAAUCAAUGAGCCGUGCAGCAUUCUGUUUGAAGAGAGAAGUUAUGUUCCAAAACCAUCUCUAGUACAGCAUCUGAAUUUGACUGAGCUGUGGCUCAAAUGAAUGAACGGUGGCAAAUUGAGUACAAAACUUGCUGCUGAUUUAGCUCAAAGUGGUAAUCAAUUUUGUAGAUGUAUGGCAAUUUUUUUAACUUAUCUGCAGGAAUGCAGGAGACAAUGUGAAAAGCAAACAAUAUACAUACAUGCAUUUAUAUAUAUAUAUUUGCAUCAGUUAGUCUCAGGUAUUCUGACUGAAAGCUGCUUUGCGAGGUUGAGCUACAGAAAAGCUGGUUAGCACAUUAGGUGUAAUUCAAACUCCGCUUUCUCAGAUCUUGGAUUUUAAAAAUGUUAUGUUGGAUCAGUGAGGCUCAUUGUUGUGCAGAGUAAUUCCUACUAUUUGUCUUACUAUGGAUUGACAAGGAGGGGUUUUCAGUUCUUUUUUCUUCUUUGAAGUACCUUGCUUGAAAGUGUUAUGUUCCCCUGUAGAAUUAAAUGCAGAUGGUCUGAGGGUCUUCUGACAUGGAUUCAGAAUGUGGUCCUACUUGAAAGGGUCUCCCCUCUCACUGAUACUGCUAGUAGACUUGCUGAGAGCUGUUUGGGUGCUUUGAGGAGAAAAUAGACCUAGUGAUUAUGUAUAAAAGUAUCUUCUGUGAGUCUAGGGGGUCUUGCAUUUUUAUUUCUGGAAAUGACUUUCGAAAGUAAAAUGAAACAAAUGUUUGAAAGAAACAUGAAUUUUGAAAGUAGCUAACUUAUGCAGUCCUGUGAACACCAAUAAGUUGUGGGAGAAAAGUGCUAGUUCACUUAUAUUUUAGGGUCUCUCUUCCUGUCAUAGUUUCCAUGCCCAUAGGUCUCAUUAAUGAGAAGACAGGUUACAGGUACGUGUGUAGGCACAAUCCACUCUAAUUUUGGGGCUGAGAAAUAGUGGCAAUAUAAAGCUGACCCAUUGCAAUUCAGUUAUGGAUUUAACAGUAAAUGUAACUUUCUGUUUUGUAAAGUAAUCAAUGUCUGUAUAACUUGUCUUGCCAGACCUGGUCUUGCUGGAGUAGGACAUUACUAUUUGGACCACUUUUUAAAUCUUUAGGCAGUACUUAUCAUUCCUUGAUAAUGGCACGUGGAAAUGAAGAAACAAUUACUGCAAA